AAUUCUCUCGCGACACUCUUUCUCAUUAACCAACCAGACGAAACCUUGGGUCGUCAAUGCAAACACAGCAAGACCUCAAAACACUUGACUGAUAAUUUAAAUACACACACACACACGCACACGACGUCGCAAAUACUUACUACGCAAUGGCAGACGCAGCAGCGGUAACCGACGCCGUCGUGGUCGAGGCCGAGGCCACGCCCAUCACAGCCGACCUACCGUCGGGCGAGCCCAUCGUGGCGUCCGCCCUGGAACCGUCAACAUCCAGACCUCUCACUCCUCGGGGGCCGGGAGGGGCGAAGCGCAGCAUCCCGCUACGAGCUCUCCUCGCCCUCGCCGGCGCGCCGGGCAGCGUCGACACGUUCCUGACGCGGCUCAACAAAUGCCUGGCGACGCCGGCGGGCAUCGACACGGUGAUGCUGUUCUUAGGCUACGCGUCGCACCUAUCAGCCUCCGCGCUGCGGGGGUUCGCAUCCCGCGCCGCCGGGCCCGCUGACACAAAGGUCGUCCACGCCGCCGCCACCGCCGCCGCCGCGAAUGCUCUCGUCCUCGCGGCCCGCCUUAAGGCGCUCUCGGCGCUGCUCAGCGAGGCGCGCACCAUCCUGCGCCUGUGGGCGCUGCUGCCGCUAUACUUCUGGGCGCGCGGGCUGGGUGCGCGGUUGCUCUCUUCCUCGUCAGACACGGAGAAGAACCAGAAGACCAUCGCCGGCACUGCCCCCGAAGAAGAAGAGAAACAAUCAGCCAUUGCCACCACCGUCGAGGUCGUGCGGCUGGCGCUGUGCAUCGCGCUGCAGGCGCUCGAGAACGGCGCGUACCUGUCGUCCAAGGGCGUGCUGGGCUGGAGCCCUGCGCAGCAAGGGAAGGCGUACAAGUGGAGCGCGCGGUUCUGGGCCGCGUACGUGGGCAUCGAGCUAGGGCGGCUCGCGGCCGAGGUUGCGGGGCCGGACCCGGAGGACGCGCGCGCCUGGCGCAACAAGGUCGUGCGCAACCUCGCCUGGGCCCCGCUGACGCUGCACUGGAGCACCGACGGCGGGCUGGUCAGCGAGCCUGUUGUUGGCGUGCUGGCGACUAUCCCCGGCGUGAUCCAGAUCCGGGAUCUGUGGGCUGGGACGGCUUGAACUGAAAGAGGUGGGAGGUAGAGAAGGGAAGAGAGAUUGUGUGUGAGUUGUGUGUUGUGAUGAAGUCAUGGUGAUCUCAGUUCGGUCCAGUGGGCCAAGCUGGGCACUGCUGCUGCUGCUGCUACACCUAGGCUGUUGCAAACUUUACUACGUACGUACGUAUCGACAAGUGACGUGCAGAUUACUCUAAUUGCCGGUCUAGUCUGCUGCAGAGAGUUAUAACAUGGAAAAACGGCCAGUAGAAUAUGACAAGACGAGAAGAGCAAACGCUGCACCUUUCCUUUCUCGUUUGCUGGUUU